AUGAGACAUGAAUUACAUUGCUUUACUGAUGCUUCUACGGAAGCAUACGCUGCAUGUAUAUAUUUACGUAGUUCUUGGGGUACUAGUAAUAUUGUCACUUUUAUUAUUGGCAAGUCUAGAUUAGUACCUAUUAAAGAGCAAGUUAAUUUACAAAUUCCAAAACUAGAAUUGCUUGGAGCACUUAUUGGAAAUAGACUAUUACAGUACGUAAAUAAAAAUUUAAGGUUAAGUAUAAAGGCGCAGGUUUUGUGGACCGAUAGUCAAAUAGUUUUAGGUUGGUACCAUUCUAGUAAGCUUCUUUUGCCUUUUGUAUCGCGGAGGAUUAAUGAAAUCAAGCAAAAUAAAACUUUAAUUCUUAGGUAUAUACCUGGUCAAUACAAUCCAGCAGACAUAGGUACGAGAUCUGACCGGAUAGAUCAUUAUGAUAGGUGGCUCAAAGGUCCAGACUUUUUACUAGAUAACUCUGAAAAUUGGUUUUCUAUGCCUAAUAAUUGUGUAUAUCAAGUAGAAACGCAAAUCUCUUCUGUCGGGGAGGGUCUCUCGAAUGAGAAUACAAAUAAUAAAAGCACUUUAGUUGAGAAUGAAGAUAAUAUAAAUAAUUUAGAUAUGACAAGUACAACCGAAUUAGAUAAAGAACCAAUUAGCGAUAGGGACAGUGAUUUAGAAAUUAUUUUGAAAGUACAAGCUCAAUAUUUUCCAGAAGAAACGAACGGUAUUGUAUCUAAUUUUGCAAGAUCACUUGGCCUAUAUAAAGAUGUCAAUGGGAUAUUGAGAUGUAAAGAAAAACAUUCUGGGUUCCUCAUGGUAGAUCAACCGUACAAAAGAUUCUUAGAAAAUGCCGAAAUUGCU